UCGCUACCAUCAGGGACAGAGAGAGAAACAGAGAAAAAAUGGAGGCAGAGGAUACGCUCAUGGCUGGGACAGAUGACAACGAAGCUGUACCGGAGCUCGAUGACAUGAAGAAGAGAUUGAAAGAAAUGGAGGAUGAAGCUGCUGCUCUGCGGGAGAUGCAAGCCAAAGUCGAGAAGGAGAUGGGUUCUGCGCAAGAUCCUGCUGCUGGUACAUCUCAAGCAAGUAGAGAGGAAGUUGAUUCUCGAUCAGUGUUUGUUGGCAAUGUCAGGCUUCAUUCUUCAAGUUUCUGAUUAGCUAGUUCUGGGAUUGGGUCAAAGAGUUUAUGGUAUUAAUAGCUGGGUAGUAAAAAAAAAGUGCAAAUGAAAACAUGGCAGAGAAAACAAUAAGCAUGAAAUUUUGAAAAAAAAAAAAAAAGGAAAGAAAAAGAAAAUUCGGGCUUUUGAAACCAAUACUUUGAAAAAAAAAAAAAAAAACUAGAAAAAGAAAAGAAGUAAAGGGGGGAGGUGAUAAAUGCCAAAAUCUUUCAAUCAUAGCAGAAAGAAAGUUUCGAUUAGAGAAUGUUGGUUGAGUAAAACUUGAGCGAGUUCUUGGGCUGGGAUAGACAAAGGAAAAGAUGUUCAGGAAUCCUUCAGCCUAGACUCAAUCAGGUAUGAGGAGUAACAUGCUGGAAGGUUGAAGACUAACAAUGUACAAAGUACAAGCCCACAGUGCUGCUUGUCAUGGAGGUUAUGCUCGAGGAAUGUGUAGGCAUUUUGCUGCUUCUGGUGGACUAUUCUUGCAACCCUGAAGAAGUGCAGCAGCAUUUCCAAUCAUGUGGAACAGUGAAUAGGGUCACCAUCCGCACUGACAAGUAUGGCCAACCAAAGGGUUAUGCUUACGUGGAAUUUCUUGAGGCAGAGGCUGUUCAAGAGGCUCUCCUUCUGAAUGAAUCUGAACUACAUGGCCGCCAAUUGAAGGUAACUGCUAAAAGAACCAAUGUACCAGGGAUGAAGCAGUUUCGUCCCCGUCGAUCCAACCCUUAUAUGGGGUUUCCACCCAGGGGCACACAUAUGCCUCCUUAUUUCUACUCUCCUUAUGGAUAUGGGAAGGUUCCAAGAUUCAGAAUGCCUAUGCGAUACAGCCCCUAUAACUGAAAGGUAUCUUGCUUGGGGGGGCAUUGCUUUCAACAAGAUACAUAAAAACUGCUAUAUAUACAUAUAUUUAGCUUGUCCUUGUAUGUCAUGGAUCUUAAUGUUUUGGAAAGACCAAAAGGCAAUGGCAGAAUUUGCUGCUUGUAUUAAUAUGGUGGAAUAUGCGAGAAGUUUGGAUCAUUUUAGUUUUCGAUAGACAAUGCAUCUUAUGAUUUUGCAGUC